CUUAUUAAGUUCGUAUACUUUAUUUUUUAUAAAAAAUUAAAUAUUAUAAAAGACCUAAUAUAUAUAUUUACUAAGACUAUAUUCUCGAAUUAUAAUUUAUUAAAAGAAAUUAUUUUAGAUAGAAAUAAGUUAUUUAUCUUACAGUUUUAG